UUCUUCUUCUUCUUCAGUGUCGGUGGUGGCGGCUGCAGAUUGAGGGGGUGGAAACCGGUACCGGGGUGUAUUAGCACACCAUGUUCCUGUCGGAUUUCCGGAAGGAAUUUUACGAUGUGAUUGUAAAUCAGAGGGUAUUAUUACUUGUUGCCUCAGAUGUUGAUGCCCUGUGUGCCUGCAAAAUUCUUCAGGCCCUUUUCCAGUGUGACCAUGUUCAGUACACAUUGGUUCCAGUGGCUGGAUGGCAGGACUUGGAGACUGCAUUCCUUGAGCACAAAGAACAGUUCAAGUACCUGGUGUUAAUUAAUUGUGGUGCUAAUCUGGAUUUACUGGAGACGCUGCAACCUGAUGAGGAUACUGUCUUCUAUGUCUGUGAUACCCAUAGACCUAUUGAUAUUGUUAAUGUCUAUAAUGAUACACAGGUUAAACUGCUAAUAAAACAGGAUGAUGAUCUUGGUAUUCCUGCCUAUGAUGACCUCUUCAGGGAUGAAGAAGAUAAGAAUUCAGAGGAUUCAGGAAAUGAAAGUGAAGGGUCAGAACCUUCUGAAAAGCGCAGGCGAUUUGAUGAGGCAGCCCUGGAGAGGAGAAUAGAUCGAAGACGUCAGCGCCGGGAAUGGGAAGAGCGCAGGAGGGAGAUUUUGUUUGAAUAUGAACAAUAUGAAUACCAUGGAACUUCAUCUGCCAUGGUGAUAUUUGAGUUGGCCUGGAUCAUGUCUAAGGAUUCAAAUGACAUGUUGUGGUGGGCUAUUGUCGGUUUGACGGAUCAGUGGGUUCAUGACAAAAUCACACACAUAAAGUAUGUGACUGAUGUUGGCAUUGUGCAGCGUCACGUAUCCCGACACAACCAUCGCAAUGAGGAUGAGGAGAACACGCUUUCUAUUGACUGCAUGAGGAUCUCCUUUGACUAUGACCUACGCCUGGCUCUGUAUCAGCAUUGGUCACUUUAUGAAAGUAUGUGCAACUCCAGCUAUACCUAUUCCAAUCUCAAGCUGUGGUCCAUUCAAGGCCUGAAGAGGUUGCAGGAAUUUCUUGCAGAUAUGGGACUGCCUCUGAAAGAAGUCAGGCAGAAGUUUAACUCCAUGGACAUUUCGCUGAAGGAGAAUUUGCAGGAAAUGAUUGAAGAAUCAGCUACUAAGUUUGGUAUGAAGGAUAUUCGAAUGCAGACUUUCAGUGUGCAUUUUGGGUUUAAAAACAAGUUCCUUGCCAGUGAUGUUGUUUAUUCAGCAGCUUCUCUACUCGAGAAUUUAGAGAAAGACAAAGGGAAUGAAAACUUCAUCGAAGCCUUAGACAGUCUUUCCAGGAGUAACCCAGAGAAGCUACAACAAGGUUUGGAACUGGCCAAGCAGCAGCUCCGAGCCAUUCACCAAACAGUUGCUAGCUGCAUUUGCACUAACCUCAUCAUCUCACAAGGACCCUUCCUCUACUGUUAUUUACAAGAGGGGACCCCCGAUGUAAAGAUCUAUUCAAAGCCCAUUUGUUUGAAACUUCUGUGUAAACACUUGCUGAAGUGCUUUGUCCGUUCGGUUCCACCUUUGCCCUGUACCUGUGUAGAAAUCCUGAGAGAGUGUGGGCGGGAGGUCAUUCAUCUGGAGAUGGUGCCUGGGCUCCCACCAAUGUCCAGGACUGUUCUCGGCAGCAUUUCAACCAAAAACAAACGAUGUAAGGUGCUCCCACUGGUCAUAGCAGCACCAAUGGACCUGGAGAAAGGAACAGUGAUCGUUAUUGGAAUCCCACCAGAAACUGAAAGCUCAGACAAAAAAAAUUUCUUUGGUAAAGCAUUUGAGAAGGCAGCAGAAAGUACAAGCUCACGGACUCUGCAUGACCACUUUGAUACUUCCAUAAUUGAACUGAAAACUGAGGAUCGUAGUAAAUUUCUGGAUGCACUGAUCUCUCUGCUGACAUAAAUGUGAGUGCAACUUGCCGAAGCAGGAGUACCCAGUGUUUCUGGUCUUGCGUGGCAAUGACACCUCUGAAAACCAUACUUGGAAAGUCUGACUCCAUUUUAUGACUCAGGUGUUCAUACUGUGCCCAAUGAACUUACCAAUACAUUUUUGAAGUGGAACAUCUUGUGAAACUGGGGACAAGUUACUGGUUGUAGACCUGUCAACCAUCCUGUCUCCCUAUCGCGACGGCACCACAUAAAUGGCAGCUGAAAUCAAGGCUAAUUUUAAACAGAUCCAGUAAAUUUAUGACAGAUUAAAUCAUAUGCACUUGUAAGUUUUAUUGUUUAGGAACAAUGCAGAAUUUAGAGGGGUAUGGGAAAGCAAACAGUGAAAAAUUGUGCUGUACCUAUUGUAUGCUGUAAGCAUGAUCAAGUGAUUGUGAAUAGACAACAAGCUGAUGGUUAUAAUGUAGAUGCUUCCCUAAUACUGAUUAAUUAAUUAGUCAGUUAAAUAAUUGUUGGAAGCCAUCCCUUGAUUUGAGAGUGGCGUCUACUACGGUCUUCAUGUGACUGAGCAGGCUGAUUCUCAACCCUCUGAUAAAUCUUUGGCCACCUGCGGCAGGAUAUCCCUGGGAAAGUGGGAUCCUGAGUGCACAAUUUGUUUCCUUUCCUUUCUUCCUUUGUUGCUGCUCUGCCUCAUCGUUAUGGUGCUUGAACAUGAGUUGGACACACAUUAGCAUGAUGCAAUUUUGAUGGACACAUUUGUCACCAUUUGAAUGAUUGGUAACAAACUCCUCUUAGUCAUUUAAAGCAAUGUUGCUCCACUUCAAGGAGGAGCUUCAGAAUGUUUUUGCAGUAUUUUGUCUUGCCCCGACACUGCACAGGCAAGCAAUGUGAGGUUGAAAUGACUGCUAGUGUUCUGACAUUUUUAUUGCAGUUUUUAAUAGAUCUUUUUACAGUGCUCUUUAUUUCAAACCCAUACUGAAAGAUUGAGAGUUUUUUAUGCUUAUCACUUGCAGCUACUUGUUUAUCCAUGAGCAUUUUUAUGAUUCUGUUUGGGAACCAUUCCCAUCAAUGGUUUGGUUUAAUAUCCUGGUAAUGGAAUGGAAAGUCAAACAAAGUUGCACCUAAAACUGAUUUUCUUGCCCCCCCCCCCCAUUCCUGGAGAGGCAUGCUGUUUUGUAAAAGCAAUGAACUUUAAGACAAUGUGUUUGAGAGGCUUGAUAUUUCUUUAAACUGGUAUGUCAUUCUGAAUUCUCAUUGCCCAAACAAGUAUCUUGUAAUUUUUACUGUACAUUAAUUCCUUUAAUCUUAUGAUGUUCAACUAAUAUUUUGUUUCUCGUUCUUCAGAAACAUGCCUCGUGAUUUUUCACUUUGUAGAAAGAUGCAAGAUUGUUCUUACGUACUUGGUUCUGUAUUGUGUAAAAGGUGUGUAAAUUACCUCCCUGUCAUGUUGCCAUGUUGUCAUUUACUGGUUUUUAUAUUGAGUAUUUUAUUGUAAAUUGUGUAUUAUUGUAGGCAUGCUAUUUACCCAAAUUUUACUGCCGUAUAUUUUAAAUAAAAUCAGUACUAAUUUUA